AUGGUCUGGGAAGUAUUUCGCCCAAAUAACGAGGUUGCCAAUGGGACAGCGACAGGCACCAAACCUUGCCAUUGCCAGCCUUCAUAUUGUAACCUGGACAACUGCUUUGAAUUAUUCACCGAGCAGUCUGAGUACAUAAAGCUCACAAGAAGAAGGAAGCCGCCUCUGAUACAAGAGUCUCCAAAAGGAGCAGCUCAUGCUGGGAUCGACCAUAUUCUAACAAACAAAAGAUGGUUCUUACUUGACCCAUGGCUACUCUCGUCAUUCUGUUCUGGUUUUGACCACCGCCUUUUUCGCGAAAAGAUUCGAUUCAUCGGCAAGCGGGAAAAGAAUUCUGUUCAUCGACCACGAGGAAAAACACUAGUUGUGUAUGGCGAGAACAUUCUGAAUGAAUCCUUAUUCGAACGUGACUGGCAGAUUGAAGAGUACUCAAACGAAAACUGGGAGCGUGUGGUCGAACAACAUAGAUGUUGUUCCGAAUCUGCCUCGGUGACUCAAGCAAAAGAUCUAGAUCGCAUCUGA